AUGGAGCGCUUUGCCCGUGUUCCCUAUGGUUUGUACCCAGGAUAUGGAAACCCGAUGCCUUUGGGCCAGCCUGGAUUCCAGCCUGACUGGAGGAAAAACAUGGGUCCCCCCACUUUCCUGGCCAGAACAGGGCUUUUGGUGCCUGCGAAUAUCCCUCACUACUAUGUGGACCCUUAUAAGAGGGUGCAGUUUAGGGCUAUACUCUCCCAGAUGAACCCCAACCUGAACCUGCUGCUGGGCAAAGCCAACACCAAGGAGAUGGGCGUGCAGGUGAGUCCUCGAGUGGACAAAGCUGUACAGUGCUCACUGGGGCCUCACAAUUCACGCAGCGGCUGGAAUCAGAAGACGCCCCUGCCAUCCUGGAGGGCCUGUUGCCAGACCAUCAGCCACAGGAGCUUAUUCAAGCUGUGGAAGGAUGAGGACAGCAGAGAGAAGAAGGUGCUUCCAUGUCCUGCAGAAAGCAAACAGCAGCAGCCAUCGGUGCCAAGGGUGGAAGAAGACCAGCAGGAGCAACUCUGGUAUUGGAAUAAAUUGGGGGAGGAAGAUGCCAAGGGGUCUCCAGAAUGGAAGAGCGAGCAGCCACAAGGAGAUGCCUCCCAGCGUCUUGGAAGAUCCAACUUCCAGUUUUUGGAACCAAAAUAUGGCUAUUUUCACUGUAAAGAUUGUAAGACCAGAUGGGAGAGUGCUUAUGUGUGGUGCAUAGCUGGAACCAAGAAGGUUUAUUUCAAACAACUCUGUUGCAAAUGCCGGAAGAGUUUUAACCCUUACCGAGUAGAAGCAAUCCAAUGUCAGACUUGUUUAAAGUCUUUUUGUUCCUGUUCUAAAAAAAAAAGAUACAUAGAUCUGAGGAGGCCUCAUCGACAGGAUCUGUGUGGUCGCUGCAAAGACAAGAAAUUCUCCUGCGGCAAUUUUUUCAACUAUAAGUAUGGCAUAUGA